UUAGAGACGUGGCGUCAGACGUCUUCUAGUACCACAACGUGUGCGUGUUUAGAUAUGCAGGCGCUCUCAGGUUUGCCACAAUUCGGUGGCCUCCAUAGCUCCUUCCUCUGCCGCGGAUCCUUUCAAGCCGGGUCUGUGGGCGUGCUGAUACGCACACGGUUAGAGGACACAUGACGAAGUGAACGUUGUAAACUCCUAUCAAACUUUAAUAGGAGUUGUGACUAAGUUUUCAAAGCUGCAUUGUCUUAAUGAAGGCACCGCUGUCAGACGGAUGAAUGACCCUGUCUUGUGCAUGUAUGGCUGGAAAUGAUCAAUGGGGUCCUAACAAGAGAAGAGGACACUUCAGCCAAUAAGGUUAAAGGGAGAAAGGACUUCAGGCACUGCAGCCACCACUUUCUGCUUGUCCCUGAGGAAUGAACUCAUCUCAGAUUUGUGAAAAGAUUAGAUCUGGAGUUCAUAAACAUCUUUUGUUCGAAGUUCUCAUUUUGUAAAAAUGAGUUUGAAGCACGCUUUUCUGUCAGUUUUAACCUUCGGAGUAGUGGGCCUGCUUUGUUGCAUUUACAUACAAAUAAAUCACAAUGGCACUCCUUAUGGCAUUUUGAACAAAUGGAAGCUACAUUCAAGAGUUCAGGCAGGAACCACUUUCUGGAUUACCAAAGACCUACACAGUUUGCUCAAUACCAGUCAUCACAUUCCAAGUCCAAAGAUUUCUGAUAUAAGCCAAAAUACAUUAUUUCCUGAGCCAUCAGAUAAGACUAAACAACCCACUGAGCAUCAGCAUUUCAUGACAAUGCUCACAUACAAACCUCGCAAUACUACGUAUUUCAAUGAACUGAAGUGGAAGGAAUUUAAAGAAAGACAGCAGAAACGGAAAAGUUUUCUUUUGAACGCCUGCACACUUUAUAACAAUAGCAAAACUCAAUGGAUCACCCUGUCCCAGAUGGUGUCGAGAAUCUAUGUUGAAGAUCGAUACAAGAUCCUUUACUGUGAAGUUCCUAAAGUUGGUUGUUCCAACUGGAAAAGAAUUCUGAUGGUCCUGAAUGGCAAAGCUCAAUCAGUAGCGCAGAUUGUCCACAAGGAGGUCCACUAUGGAAACCAUCUUCAGAGGCUGAGCAGUUUUGAUAUCGGAGGAAUUCAGCAACGCCUUAAUUCUUUUACCAAAAUUAUAGUAGUGCGGGAUCCCAUGGAAAGACUUGUGUCAGCCUUUAGGGACAAAUUUGAACAUCCCAAUUCAUACUACCACCCUGAAUACGGGAAAACUAUAAUUAAAAAGUAUAGAAAGAAUGCUACUCAAGAAGCUCUUAACUCUGGAUCUGGUGUAACAUUUAAGGAGUUUGUGCAAUAUAUUUUGGGUUUGUCCCCUUCUACAAUAAUAGAUACACAUUGGAACACUAUUAACAAGCUCUGCUUCCCCUGCUUUAUAAAUUACGAUUUUAUUGGGAAGUACGAAACACUGGAAGAUGAUGCCAACUACAUUCUCAAGUCAGUUGGAGCCCCAGCAUUUUUGAAGUUACCUUCUUUUAAAGAUAGACAUCCAACUGAUGAAAAGACUAGUUUUUCAAUAGUUAAAAAAUACAUGUUGCAGCUAUCUGAAAAAGAGCAAAAUUUGUUAUUCUCAUUUUACAGUAUGGAUUAUCUGAUGUUUAACUAUACACUACAUCAUUUCUAGUGCUUACAAAACCAAAAAAGUAAAUGAGAAAAUCAUCUAGGUCGGUUAAAACCAUUAUUACAAAAACAAAGUAAAAACUUGAAAUAUAUUAAGAUUUUCUUCACAAAUAAAUAUUUCAUAUUGUGUAAAAUUACUAUUAGUUCUUUCUGUACGUGGUGUGUAUUUUCAGUUCACAUGGUGUGUAUCCAUUCUGUUUGGGUUGCAUAAUACAAUUUUACUUUCUUCUUAAGCAGCCAAUGCAUUAAGGAUAUGUGGGUAUAGUGUAUUGCUUAACUGACAAUAAUUGUGGGAAUUUCCCUUUAGCAAGCAUGUUUAUUGAACUCCGUGCUGAUCAAAGCCUACAUGGAGCCCUAGUUGGGUGGAGAGGUCUAGAGCAUGUGUUGAUUGAGUUAUAUAGACAGCACCCAUCAGUGUCCAUAGCAUGAAAAGUCUUUGUUUACGCAGCAGUGAUUUACAAAUGACUAGUUGGGUUUAACAUCGGUCAGAAGAAAUUGUUUCCUUCAGGUUCAAGUAAUAACUGUACUAUGUGCAAGUUAACAUAUGGAAUGGUAGGAUUUUAGCAUAUGAUCGAUCUAGUUUAUAACAGCCUGUGCUUAAUUGAGGUCCACAGAUACUGAAUUAUCUUGACCAAUAUUUGUGUUAUAAACAAAAACAUAUGCUGUAUUAAGGCAUUGUGCUGGAAGUGUGAUUAUUACUGAUGCACGCUGUGUUUACUUAACAUAAUUAGUUUAUUACAAUCACACCUUUAUUGAGUGCGUGAAAUCUGAGAUGUGAAUGGUAUCUUUUAAAAAAUAUGCUCACUAGAUUAAGAAAGUUAACUUUGGAUUAUUAAGAUGACGUCUUUAUUUAUUUAAAUUCAGGUUUCUUUUUUUGCUUUACUGUUGUCUUUGCAUCUUUAAUUUAAAAAGUAUUUUUCUAUUUGCCAGAUAACUAUAAAAUUAUCCAUAUAGUUGACAUCCUUAACCACAAAUAGAUCUAUUUUUAUUUCUGCAGAUGUGCACAUUUUGUCAACUUUCAAAUGUAGUUUGAAAAGUGAUUCUUGGAGGCAGAUUUUGUACUUCGUAAUAUCAUUAAAUAAACUACCUCACUAGAUCUUCAAAAUACAAAAAUCACAUCUUUUGUUAAUGGAAUACAGAAAUACUUAACAACACACAAUAUAAUCCUGGUAUAGCAUAGUAAUAUAGUACUGUGAUAUGUUUAAGGUUUUCAAUUCAAAUAGGAAAAAAAAUAACUGUAAAACUCUCUAAUAAGUGUGUCUUGCUAGCCAAAUUUUCUUUGGUGUAACAAUGGUUGCUUCUGUAUGUCAUCUCUUGGUGUACCACU